CGGCUGACAUUGCAUUAUCCUAUACAUCAAGUUUGUCCUCAGUCAGUACACUUGUUUAUACGAAUGAACGAACCAUUGCAACGAGAUUACAUCCCCUCUGCGAGAGAAUGCUGAGCUUGUUACACUUAUCAAUUAAUUUACUGCAACUUGGAUUGUCGCACAACUUCAAACACAACGAAUUUGUCACUUUUACUCUGACUCGUGUGAUUGACAUUACAUAUUUAUAUUGAUAUUUCAUUGCAUGUCUCCGUUCACAUUUAUCUCUGUCGAAUACACGAACUGAAUUGUACAGAAUCAUUUCUGAAAAGAAAGAAGAUGGAGAAAUGGCAAAAGAUCUCACUGAUUUUGUGCACAUUUGGCUUUUUCAAAGAACUCCGUCCGUCGGAACCAUUCAUAACUGAAUACAUUGUUAAUUUCAAAAAUGUGACAUCUCAAGAGUUGAUCCAUGUCGCAUUUCCAGUAUCCACAUAUUCCUCCCUGGCAGCCCUGGCCAUCGUGUUCUUGGUGACUGACUUCCUCCGAUACCGUCUCGUGAUCAUUUUCGAAGGCCUGAUGUACAUCUUGACAUGGGCGAUACUCAUUCUAGGGAGUGAUUUGGAAGCCAUCAUUUGGGUAGAAGUGUUUUAUGGGAUCGCAUGUUCCACCGAGGUCGCCUACUACACUUACACCUACGCGAAAGUGGAGAAAGAUCGCUACAAAAAGGUCACUUCUCACACCUCCAGUGCUCUCUACGCUGGGAAAUUUGUGGGUGGACUUUUAGCACAACUUUUGGUCACAUUUCAACUAAUGAACUAUCACCAACUCACUUGUCUCACUCUUGCUUUCUCGAUUCUGGGAUUUAUUGCAACACUAUUUCUACCCAAAGUUAAGAGCUCAAUUUACUUUCACCGAUACGAACGGGCCGUAGAACAACCCGGUGUGCCCGUGGAAAUACCAGUUGCAGAAAGACAUGACAUCUCGACAGCAUCCAGAUUAUGGAAUGAUUUUAUGGAGGCGUACUCCAACACCUACAUUCUCAAAUGGUCUCUCUGGUGGGCACUUGCGUCGGCAGGACAAUACCAAGUUGUCAACUACAUUCAAGUUUUGUGGGAACAAAUCAACCAAGAAACUCAAUUGGAGCCGUACAAUGGCGUAGUCAAAGCACUUCAUACCCUGCUAAGUGCUGUAUUAUGCUUAGCAGUAGGCUAUGUAAAACUUCGUUGGAGUCAAUGGGGUGAGCGUCUCCUGGGAAUUCUCUCUUUGUUACAGGGCGGCCUCUUAGUCUGGAUGGCGAGGUCCUCCUACUUGUAUACUGCCUACAUAUGCUACACCGUCUUCCGAACCAUUCAUCCCGUAAUGCUGACAAUUGCAAGCGCGGAGGUAGCUCAAGGAAUAUCGAAAGACAGUCACGGUCUGGUAUUUGGAAUCAACACAUUUCUCGCACUCUUAUUGCAAACUCUGUUGACCAUCGUGGUGUCGGAUGAAAAAGGAUUGGCGUUGGAUGUAAAGCAGCAAUUUAUAAUUUACGGAGGAUAUUUUUCAGUGUUGGGCGCUGCCUUCGUUUUGGCUUCUGCGUGGUCAUCCGCAUACUUAAUUUAUAGGAAAAAAUCGCACAGGAAUCGAUUCAACGACCAAUUGCCAGAUAAUGCUGGAGUAAAAUUCUGCAAUGCAAAUGAGCCUUGUUCGUUGCUGGACAGCAGUUGUCCAUGCACUCAUGUAGGCAAAGAAGCUUUAAUGCAAAGCAAAGUACCAUGAUUAAUUAGUUUCCUUUCAAUAAAAUGCAUGCAUUUGCCUAGUUUUGGAUUGUGUAGGAAUUAUAAAUAUAUAUACGAGUUUGAAGGUUUCAUCAAAUACUUAAUUUCUUCAACGAAUUAGGGUAGUGUUUUUAGUAUGAAUCAGUUGAAUGCACUAAGAUAAUAAAAAAAAGUUGCGUAAUCUUUUCAUGAAAAAACAGGAAACGAAUGGAGCGAAUUGUUUUUUCGUUGAUAUCUGUAGCUCGUUUCCUUCUCCACAUGAAUUUUACUUCCCUUGAAAAUAAUGAAAUUACAAUUAUUUGCAAAGAAUUUCCAUUCAGUUAACUUGCAUGUUUGUGGGGAAUGUAAUUAGCAAAGACAAAUGCAAACAAGGCACAAACAGAAGGACAAAACUCAUUGUCGUCGUUGAAAUCAUAUUGAAAAUUUGUCAAUCGAAACCCUCAACUCCUGUCGUUCUGUCUCUUUUUAAAUAAAUGUUGCAUAUAGUGGACAAGCAGUUAAUUACAAAACUGUAGGGAAACUUUAGGCCACAAACCACUAGCAGAACUUUUAUUGUGAACCACUUUAGCAGUGAGCCUGCUAUCCUGCUAAACAUUUAAUUACGCAAAUAAUACUGAAACAGCGUGAUGGGCGAAAGAACGAUUACAUUGCAUAAUAACGCAUUCUAUAUCUGUUUGUGGCCUGGAUCAAACAUCAUCCAUAUUACCGGUCCAAUUGUAUCGCUCAUGUAAAGCGUUCUGCUUCUUAAGAUGACGAUAGGUGACUCAUCGUCUCAAAAAAUCUCACGGCACAAGACAUGGAGUAAAUUAGCCGAAUGAGCCGAAUUAUUUUAUUAUUUGGUACCACUUAUUUAUAUUUUGGCGUAAAAAGCAUACGAAAUUGACUAAUGUAAACGCCAAAAUAAGAAUAAGUGGGAACAAAUAAUAAAAUAAUUCGGCUCAUUCGGGUAAUGUACUCCAUGUAACGUGAAACGGAGUUUAGGUUACUUUCCACACCAUGAUUUCAAAAUUGUUUUCUAGAGGAAUGGAAUGGAAAAUAGAAAAUCUAUCUGAUCCAGUUGUAGUCAGUAAGCUGAUUAAUAGGAUGGCGAUGAUUUUUUAA